UACACUUCGAGUUAUUUGACCAGCACGACUAGCCAAAAAAAACAAAAUGUUUGGAAAGAUUAUCUUCCUCGCUGCCAUCGCCAUCGCUGUUGCCAAGCCCAGCGCCCCAGCUGCGUUAGUCGCGCCCGCUCCACUAGUGGCUGCAGCUGCGCCUGUGGUGGCCGCGCCCGCUCCUCUCGUGGCCGCACCCGCUCCUUUCGUGACAGCAUCCAGCUCGCAGUACGUUUCGAGAAACUACAAUGGACUUGUAGCUGCCGCUCCGCUCGUGGCUCCAGCUCCCGUCGUAGCCCGCGCCGCUCCGUUAGUCGCUGCUGCUCCGUAUUAUGCUCCUGCUGCUGCUCCGUAUUAUGCUCCUGCUGCCGCUCCAUACGUAGCUGCUGCUGCCGCUCCUUAUGUUUCUGCUGCUGCUCCCUAUGUAGCUGCUGCUCCUUACGUAGCUCGCGCUGCUCCGUACGUCGCUGCAGCGUCGCCCUAUUUUGCGCCAGCGCCUGUUGUUGCCCUUAAAUGAAAAGACUGCUUUAUACUAUCCUAAAUGAAUAAAAUGAAUUUUAGACAAUUUUA